AUGGAUGAAUUACAAAAAUUAUACGAGAGAGACGAUUUUGCAGAAGUCUGGCUUCAAGUGGCAGGUGACAUCAAAAUUAGGAAGUAUCAAAACCUGAAGGAUCUGUCUGAAAUUCAAAGUUUACCAUCGAAUUUACAGAAUAAAGUCUGUGCAGCUGCAAUUAACGAAAAGUUCAACUAUGAAACCGUUGUUGAUGAAGGAACUUUCUUCAAUAGAGCAUAUGUGGUAGUACUCGAUGAAAAAAGCAACGAAAACUGGAUGGGAAUGUAUCACUAUGACUAUGCUACCACUCUGAACAAAGGGGCAUCAUCAUUCUUAGGACUUACUGUUUGUAUCGGUGGUAUCUACUACUCUUGGACUGCGGCACCGCAACAUUUAUUCACUGUCACUAACUAUAUUUCAAAACAUUACCAAAAGCUUCAAGACGCGAUUGUAUCGGCUGCUGGUACGCUGUUUUCGACAGCAACGUAUUUUGCUUUCCGGAAGUGGCUCAUGAAUGAACAUUCCGAUUGGAGAAUGCUAGUGGCAGCUUGCAUCCUAAAAAAGAUGCAAAGUGUUCGUGGUUAUUGA